UUGUGGAUAGCGCGCCAAAAUGCGCUGCAUAUUCGAAUUUAGAAUGGAUUGUUUUUAAGUGAAUCAUGUUUCGGUGUUGAUCUUUAUUAUUUAGUCAACAUACACAUGUAUGCCUACAUAGGCCGAUAAAGCGAUAAGAUGAUAAGACAGUUUAUCAUUCCACAUUGAUUACCAAGCCGGUACAGUUGUAUCAUAGUGCCAUAAAAAUAGUACAGGAAAAAAAUGAGUGUCAUAGUGUAUAUAAUGUUAUUUUUAAUAUAUUCCAACCCUAUAAGUGGGCAAGAGAGUCCUGUUCAAACUGCCGAUGAUAGCGAGAGUGAAGUUAAUAGAAUAAUAAAGUUAUCAGAUGUAUGUACAUGUAGCGAAAUUCGGGACAACGCAGGCAAUCAUAAUAAUAUUGUGUUGAAUAUAUUAUGCUCUACAUUGGACAAUACAAAUUCGUUUGAGGAUUUGGACAAGAUCGAAUGGCCACCUAACCCUCACAACCUGAAAAUUACAACACACUUUCAGGGCUUGGGAAUCACAACCUUGGCGAAGUUGCCACCACAUCCUCAAGUGGAAUCCUUAUAUUUCGACGACAACACCAUAUCGAACUAUUGGCCUGAACCAUUAAUCGGUGUGCCUAACUUAAAAGUAUUGUCAUUCUACAAAAACGAUCUAAACAUUGUUAGACAUGAUUUAUUCGCUAGAAUAGAAACUUUAGAAGAGCUAGAUCUGUCAUAUAAUAAAUUAGCUGCACUGGGUCCAGAUAUUUUUAUACUUGUACCGCAGCUGAAAAGGUUGAAUUUGCAGAGCAAUCUUCUAACUGAGAUGCCUAUAAUAACGUUAAAUCGUCUGGCCGCAUUGGAAGAACUAGACCUGAGCAGAAACAGUAUUAGUGGAGAGUUAACGCUCCGAAGCGAUGGUGAAGCAUUCAAAGGAUUAAAACGUGUUUUUUUGGGCAAUAACAAAAUAAAUUAUAUUUCCAAAUAUUCGUUUGCAUCUGAUAAUAACAUUGAGCUGUUAGAUCUGUCAUAUAAUCAAAUAGGGACAAUUGACGAAUUUGCAAUCGCAAAGUGCGGUAAUCUUCAAGAAUUGAAUCUUGCUAACAACAACAUAGCGUUUGUUUUUGAACUACCUCGUUCAGUUCAGAUUGUGAUAAUGAAAUAUAAUAGUCUGUACCAGUGGCCGCAAUUCCCAGUUGGAAUAAAGCUGAUCGAUUUAUCUAAUAAUCGGCUGUCUGAUAUAUAUGACGACGAUAGUUCAGAUUUCCAAAAUUUGGAGAUUCUAGACAUCAGUGGAAACCAAAUAUCAGAUUUGAAUAUACAAAAGAAAAUGCCGAGUUUAUUAAACUUGGACCUCGCAUAUAACAUGAUCGUAGAUAUACCAAGAACUCUUAACAGUGAAAUAUUUCCAAAUUUGAAAACGCUUCGGUUGGAUGGCAACCCUAUACGCAGUAUUUAUUUUAAGAAUAUUAUAGCUUUGAAGACUUUACUUAUGAACGACUUGGAAAGUCUGACAGUGGUGGAAGAUAAGUCGUUCAGUAACGUAAUGGGCAGGGAAGAUAUUGUAAUGAACGGUCAGGAGACAACCGUUGUGGGCUCAAGAUGCUUCUCGCUUUACUUGAGCAAUUGUAAAUCAUUACAGGAAAUCAGAACUGGUGCUUUCGAUGGGACAUCUUUAUGCAUGUUGGACAUAAGUAAGAAUAACCUAACAAAUAUACCAAGAGACUUACUCGACUGGUCCUCCGUGUCGGAAGGCGUCAAUCUGCAGAUGAACCCUUGGCAUUGUAAUUGUUCCUUAGAGUGGAUGCUGGAUGAACUGCUGGCGAGAAUGUAUGACAAAUAUCCAACGCUGCUAUUGGAUAUGAGGUGCGGCUCCCCGCAGGGUUUUAAGGGUCUACGACUCGUGCAUUGGUAUAACUGGACAGAAGAGCCGCUCUGCAAUGACGUGUACCAGAGGUCAGGACCUCACGAUACCUUCAUGGUAGAAGCAUCGGCAGAAGAAUAUUUCCCUAAAGUGACUACAAUGACCAUAGUGCUAUCUGUUUCUAUCAUUGUAUCACUGUUCGUUGCUAUCGCACUGAUAGUGUACUUAGUGAAAACGAGACAAAAAAUCAAAAUGCAGCAAGCCACCAAGCACCGGAAACGACAGAAAGCAUCCGAUAUUAAAUACUUCAAUGGUAUUGAUAAGGAACAAAUGUACCCCAUGAAUAAAGCGUGAAAUAUGAAACAAACUUUAUUUAUUUAACUAGCCAUCUCCCGCGGCGUUGAUCGCGUGAAUUCGAGUUAAAAGUAUCCUAUGUGUUAAUAUAGGAUAUGGUCUAUCUGAGUACCAAACUUUAAUCGAAU